UGUGUCCAAAAUACACGACUGUCCUCUUUUUUCUUUAAUCAUUAAGCUAAGGAAUUGUUGUUAUUGAUUAACUAAUCAUGCUGCCAUAGGUCAGGAUAAACACACAGCCAGUUCAGUCAGAACCUCCCUCAGUUCCGAGUGAGUGGACAAGCCGAUGAGAUCAACACUGCUUCUUCUUACACAACACAGAUACAUUUGAGAUGGACAGUCCUCUUGUUACCCAUGUGCUGAACACUGCAGAUGGGGUUCCUGCAGCACGCAUGGCCCUCAGUCUGCAUCGUCUAGACACUCAGACGGUCCUCUGGAACCUUAUCACUACUGGUACCACAGACGAGAAUGGCCAAUGUCCAGACCUCAUCACCAGCAAUGAUUUCACCGUGGGGAUGUACAAAUUACGUUUUGAGUCUGGACAGUAUUGGGAAAGUUUGGGCCAGACCAGCUUUUACCCAUAUGUAGAGAUUGUCUUCACAAUAACAGACCUGGACCAGAGGUUUCAUGUGCCGCUACAUCUCAGCAGAUACACAUACAGUGUCUACAGGUGUAGCUGUAGGCAGUAGGAGGCACCUGAUUCAGCUCACCAUCUACUGUAUUUGCAAAGAACCUCAUGGGCUAAUUGGUUUCAGUCGAGUCCUGAAGUGCCAAAGCAUUUUCCAAACGUGAACAUCCUUUUUUUUUUUAUUGCCUAUGAUUUGGUGAGUUGAGUCUAGUGUAUAAACUGCUAAAACGUUUAGUGCUGCGGUUUUGAUUCCCGGAUUUUUGUGCCUCUUGUAAAAUUUCACCAAUCUGCAAGACUUUAUUACUUCUUUUCUACCUACGAUGGAUCGUCCGUAUGAUGUUAGAACAUGGCACUAUAUGAAAUUUAAAAUGCUUUAUGACUCUUACUGAAAAUAAUGAAUAAACAAACUUCUCUACA